ACAACCUUAACACUUAGUACAUUGUCAUAACAUUGUACUUAUAUCUAUACAUUGUGUUCAUAUAUAACUAACUUUUUUAGUUUUUGCAACCGUGAAUACAAUGGGGAGAAUUUUAAUGCAGUAUUUGACCUCGAAAACGGAACCUGUUGUAGCCAAUUUAAUAGAUUCUGAUUUCAAUGAACUCAAACUUGCAGCAACAAAACUUUUUAAUGAUGCAACUAUGUUAGGAGGCAAAGGUUUUGGCAUGUCUCUCCUUAGAUGGAUCGCUUCCUUUGCUGCUAUUUAUCUACUGGUUCUGGAUCGCACCAACUGGAGAAGCAAUAUGUUGACUUCAUUAUUAGUGCCUUACAUAUUCUUCAGUUUUCCUGGUUCUUUAUUUCACUUUUUCAGAGGAGAAGUUGGAAAAUGGAUUGCUUUCGUUGCGGUCGUGUUGAGGCUUUUCUUCAAUAAACAUUUUCCAGAUUGGAUGGAGAUGCCGGGAUCAAUGAUUCUUCUAGUGGUAGUGUCCCCAGACUUGUUUGCUCUAAAGUUUAGGAACAAUUGGAUUGGAGUGGCAAUUGAUCUUUUAAUUGGUUGUUACUUGCUACAAGAACAUGUGAGAGCUACAGGUGGAUUCAGAAAUUCUUUCACACAAAGACAUGGAAUAUCUAACACUCUUGGCAUUAUCUUCCUCAUAGUUUACCCAAUUUGGGCAUUGUUUAUCCAUUAAUUAUAAAUGCAUUAUUAUACCAUAUAGUAUACUACUAUAGUUGGUAAUAAUGUGAUAUUUUGCUGGAAAAUAAGGUGAAGUCUUAGUGUAGCUGAACUUCACAAUUUUUUUUAGACAAUAUGUUAAUGCAGAGUUGAUUGUAAUUUCAUCCUAAAAGUUAUAUAUAUUAGAGAAUAUAAUAGUCACUUGGCAAUUAUGAAGGUUUUACAUCAACACUAGGGUGAACAAAUAUAUC